AUGAGAAGAUAUGGCGUCCACCACCGACUGUCCACACCUUACCACCCCCAAUCAAAUGGCCAAGCUGAGGUGUCUAACCGGGAGAUCAAGGUGAUUUUAGAAAAUACGGUAAACCCCACAAGGAAAGAUUGGAGCCGUCGACUGGAGGACGCGCUCUGGGCAUACAGGACCGCCUUUAAGGCGUCGAUCGGAAUGUCCUCUUACCGUCUGGUUUUCGGGAAAUUGUGCCAUUUACCCGUGGGAAUCGAGCAUCAGGCCUUUUGGGCGAUCAAAGAGAUGAAUCUGAAUGCCGAGUCUUGUGCUGAAGAAAGGAGAUUGCAGCUGCAAGAGCUUGAGGAGCUCCGCUUUGACGCUUACGACUCUGCCAUGUGGUAUAAAGAAAGGACAAAAAUGUGGCAUGACAAGAACCUCCGAAGAAGGAGCUCAAGCUGGGACAGAAGAGUGAAGCCUUAUAGAGAUGGAACAGAGGUUUGCAUGGUGGACGACAUUCCACUGCUCAUGCCUAACUCUCUUCAGUGA